AUGGAAGAGCUGAAGCUGAGGUUUGGCACCGUUGGCGGCCGUGAGUCCACUAACUAUGACGAUGGCUACGAGAGUUAUGAGCAGCCAGUCUUCCCCCGGCUGGGGCCCAGCUUCAUCAAGCCGGCGCGGAAGUUCAGCACCACGGGCACCAUUUUCACAGCCACCACCCGCAUCGAGAGCAUCCGCAGCCUGGCCAACUCCUCGAUGUGCUCCACAGGUCUGGCUAGCCAGCAGCUGAGCCGCCGCAGCUCGUACUCGGACUGGGAGUCGGUGAUGGAGGCAUUCGAGGCGCAAGACCGAAAGGCAAUGCUCUCCCGGAUCUUUGUGGAUUGGCACAGGCAGGUGCAGGCGUCCAAGAUUGCGCAGGCACAGGCAGAGCUGGCUGGCUCCAACAAUCUUGUGGACUUCCUCUCCUCCGCAUUGGUGGAACCUAUGGGCCCAGAGGAGCCGUAG